AUGUUGUCGCAUGGGGGUGAAGAGGAUUGGGCCUUGAAGAUAGAUGCUAUUAUGGAUUGCUGUAAUGAUGUAUGCCUAGCGGGCAAAACCCAAAUUCAGGGCUUAUCUCCAUGUAUGAAGGGCAAGAGGUUGUCUGAGGCCACCCUCACUUUGCGAACUCCAUGCCAGGAACUGGAUGAUAUAUGUUACGAGAACAAUUGGUCAUUACCAACAUAUCAUGUCUCGCCGUCAGAUGGUGGCUUUCUGGCUGAUGUAACUAUUAAAGGGGUGGAUUUUGAGUGUUCAGCUGGGAGUAGCUUGCUUUCUAAUCCUCGUGAAGCCCGGGAGUCAGCUGCUACACAGAUGAUUGCCAAACUACAAAGUAUGGCAGGCCAGACACAGUAG